GUGGUUAUUGCUGCAUAUAGCGAGGAAUAUUUCACCGAACCUGAUGCUUACAUUGACGAUACUAAUGCAAUAGUUGUUAAUGUUUCAAUAAUAAAACAACUUCCAACGGAAGCUCAAGGGCACUUUUCACUGUUUGGAGCGUCGAUGGGCGAAUUUGUGAUCGAUACCGGAAUCGAUGUAACACUGGAUCUAUGUGACAUAUUGAAUGAACCAAUUAUGAUGGGCCCACUUUUUGCAGCAUUGGGAUUUGAUCCAAACAGUUGCCCACCCGACGUUGGUGUUUACGGAACUGACGGCUAUAGGUUACAAAUGGACACAUUGCCAGAUGAUUUUCCGCCUAAUAAAUACAGAGUGAUUCUAGAAAUCUUAUAUCAAGGACAAGAAUUACUAGCUCUACAAGUGUCAUACGAUUUAAUCCUAGAAGAUGUGCUCGUUUCUUCUUACAAUAAAGAGUAUUUUUCAGAACCUGAUCUUUAUGUGGACGAUUCAAACGCAAUAAUUUUUAACAUUUCAAUAAUAAAACAGCUCCCUAUAAAUACUGAGAUAAUUAAUUUUUGUUUAAUAAUCAGUUUU